CCACAAACGUGAAUACUGUGUGUUCGAAAUAUUUUGAGUCUUCCGCUCAUAACAGCCGGUUUCGAGAGACUUUCCUAGCGGGUUGCCCUCACAAAGGCCUUGAUAGAUGAGGGGCUCACAAUGUGGUCAUCGGAUACCAGUUUCUUGACACAGAUCGACACACAGCAAGUAUGUCUGAUGUAUGCCCGUCGGCGUGUAGGCACCGAUGUAGACACAAGCUUUUGAUAGUGCCGUCGUGUAACCCUUUCAUCUACCACGCUGAUCUCCUGUACUUAGUGGCACAUCCUCCACUUCUCGACGCCCAAUGUGGCGCUUCGUAUAUGAUUCAUUCAUUUUCAUUCCUGCCUCGCUUUUCCAAGCCGUCACCUCUCUACCGCCUGGCCCGGCAACUCUGCAGGCCGUUCGUUCUUCGGCGCUUCAUAUAUUCUGCUGUAUGGCACCUCUUGCCUGGCCGUACUAUAAUGGUACAUCCCAUACCUCGUUAAGAGCGUGUCGUGCGCCUCGAUGGGUACGUUUUUGGGUUCAGGUGGUGGGUGUGAAUGCACUUGUCGUUGCUUUCGUCUCCGCCAGAGGAAGAGGCCAAGAACAACGAACGCUAUGAGCGCA